AUGUCUAUAGUACAGCGUGCUGGGCACACCGAGGACGGUAGCCACACCGUCCCAGAACCACGACCCCGAGCUAUCUUAAUCAGUGCAAGGCUCAGAAAGGAUGCGAAGGGGGCCGUCAAAGCUGCUAUAGACAUGCUCGGCGUUGCGGCUUCUGUCACGCAGAGCGUUCCAUAUAUCGGCGUCAUUUCUGCCAUUCUCGCUGAGCUGCUGAAGAUUCAAGACGAAGUCAACACCUUCAAGUCCGAAUGCCACGCAUUGCUCGCCAUAGUCCUUCUGAUCAAGACGGUGGUAGACAGGGUGCAAGAGCAAUGUGUGGCGUCGGGCAAAGGUGCCGACGAGUUACCCGCGGGAUUGAUUGAACCCUUUGAGGACCUCGAACAAUGCAUCGUCAAAGUGCUGGAAGUUCUUCAUGCUUGCACAAACACCUCGUCAAGGCUCAGUAGUCGCAUACGCCUGUAUCUCAAUCGCACUGAGCUCCUGGCCAACGUGAGGCAGUGUCGCAUAGACAUGCAGACAGCACUGGACCUCUUCAAUGCGAGACUGCACAUACUGAAUACAUUCGCGAUCCGUGACCAAUGCAAGAAACUGGAAGGCCAAGACCUGAAGCUUGACAUGCUCUUGGAGAGACGCAAGGCACGUAGCUCUACGAGCAAUAUGCAUCCUUACCAUCUCAAACUCGAGAUCCAGGUUGCGUUACUCGAGCGAGAGCCCCCAAAGAGUCGCGAUGCUCAACUUCCCCCUGCACCUUCCGUAUUUCAUGGCCGUAUUCGGGAAGUCCAACAUAUUGUAGACGUCAUAUUGCACAAGGCUCCCGCUCGCAUCGGCAUAUUGGGACCUGGUGGCAUCGGCAAGACGGCAAUCUCUCUCAGCGCUCUACACCACGUAGAAGUCGAUGCCUUGUAUGGCCGUCGCAGAUUCUUUCUAUCAUGCGAAGCCAUAUAUACUGCUGAAAGUCUCGUACAAGGGCUACUGAACCUCUUCACGAUCGACUACUUAGACGGCCCUCAGGGCGCAGGAUCACCUCUGGAUGUGUUGCUUUCACAUAUGCGAACGACUCUGGAUGGGACGCUACUCUGCCUGGAUAACCUCGAAACUCCUUGGGAUGCAGAUACUCACGCCAUCGAGACUCUUCUUUCCAACAUCACUGCAUUGCCUCAUGUGGCAUUGCUCAUCACCACCCGAGGUGCAAGCCGCCCGAGGGGGGUCUCGUGGACGCAGCCAUUCCUUCCACAAGUUGAACCUCUGACCUCUGAGUCCGCAUUAGCAGUAUGGGAUGCCAUCUGCGAAACCCAUGACGACUUCUCUCUGAAACUCGUGCGGGCAGUGGAUCAUGUACCUCUCGCCGUCACGAUCCUGGCGCACCUUGCUGAAAGCGAGUCAUCCCAUGCACUCUGGACCCGCUGGGAACAAGAGCAAACCGAGCUCCUUCGCAUACACGGACCAACGCACCGCCUCUCGAACGUUGACAUAUCCGUCCAAUUGUCACUCAACAGUCCUCGCCUGCGCGGUGACAAAGAGCUUCUGGAGUUCUUCGGCGUACUGUGCAUACUACCGCAAGGCAUGCUCGAGUCGCGCAUAUCGACCUUCGUUGGUGCAUACAAGGAUCAACUGCCGAACAUGCGCCGUUCCAUCACACUUCUCAAGCAAUGCUCGCUCGCGUACCCAUCGAGAGAUGGCUAUCUUCGCGUUUUGUCCCCGGUGCGGCACUACGUGCAAACCUAUCACCCUGUAUCCAGCAAGCUGUUCCUACGUGCAUCGGAGAUGUACCGCGCCUGGGUUGACUGCGAGUUCUCCGACUUCGGCACGAGAUCGUCUUACGCGAGGGAGAAGCUGCAGCCAGAGCUCUCCAACAUCUCUGCUGUCUUGAGACGCUCCCUCCGCGACGAGGCUUGCCACGUAGACUCGACUUUGAGGGCUAUUCUAAACUUCUCUCGAUUGAGCCAGAUCCUAUUCGUCUUUGACGCGCCUAUCCUGUCAGAAGCUAUAGAUUGUGCACGAAGGAAUGUUCUACUCCAGUCCGAAGCAAACCUCCUGCUCGAAAAGGGAAAGACGCACUUCUUCCAGUUUCAGAGAGACGAUGCACUCUCCGUGCUUUUGGAGGCGCGGCCUUUGUAUCAGCGCCUGCAGGAUAAAGCAGGAGAAGCAGAGUGUCUGCAGGCUACCGGGGACGUUCUCCGGCUUCUUGAUCGCAUACGAGAAGCCAUCAGCACCUUUCAACUCGCAUUGAGCCUGUUCGUGGAGAUUGGAUACCGGCGAGGCCAAGCCAGCACCUUGACGAGAUUGGGAGAGCUACAAGUUCGCUCAGGAUUGCUUGAUGAAGCGGAGCACUCCUUGCGCUCAGCACUGCAGCUAUAUAGCAACGAAACAGGCGUGCGUUUGGGAGAGGCCAACGCCAUGCGUCAUCUGGGCGGCUUGUACGUCCGGCUCGGCCGAGUUGACGACGCCGAGAACGCUUUGCGAUCAGCGCUCCGACUAUAUGAUGCGAUCAACGCUACCCUGGGAAGGGCAAACACUUGGCUGAUCAUGGCUAAGUGGUACCUCCAGCUGGAGCGAUUUAGAGAAGCAGAAUCCGCCGCGCAGCAUGCCUUGGACAUCUACCUUGACAUCGGAGGACGCAUCGGCGAAGCGCACGUAUUGAACUGCGUUGGGCGGCUGUAUACCCGGACCAAUCGACUGGCAGAGGCAGAGCGGACUCUACAGUCGGCUCUUGCUUUGUAUCAAGCACUUGGCAAUCGACUGGAGGAGGUCAACGUCAUGAACCUCCUUGGGUUCGUGUAUCGCCGACUGGGUCGUUGGGAAGAGGCCGAUACCAUCCUUCGCUCUUCCGCUGACAUCUGUCAGCGUGACGCCUUUGUGCUGGCUCUAGGUACAUCCCACCGCUAUCUGGGACUCUUACAACGCGAUCGCGGUUUUUUGACCGAGGCGAAAGCAUCCUUCGAACAAGCCUUACGCCAUUAUGAAAACGGUCACCAUCCCGAGAGCGUUGCGCGCGCCCUACGAGAUCUAUCAUCAUUCGAUGCGUUGGAUAGGGAUGAUAGCCUUGGGGCUUCUCUGGUGGACUUCCCAGAUAUCUCUCUAUCCGACCCAGAGACAGCCUCGAUACGGGUAGAACAUCCUCUUCCAGCGGCACAGUUCUUAGUCAGCAGGGAUGUGUUUCACAGUGCAGAAUAG